UUUCAAUAGACAAGACGAUCAUGAAACGGUAAACGAGACGGCAAGAUAGUUGUUAAAUUUUGUUUAUUAAAUCAUGGGAUGCGCCUACAGUCUACCGAGACAGACUCGAUGCCUCUGUGUUAAGUUGUAUUUAAUAACUAAACAUUUAAAGACAUGUUGACUGACUUUACGCCAGGAUCUAUGACCACAACAAAAACAAGCAUUGUAUAUACUAUGGGAAGGAUGUCUGAAAUCAACAUGACGGCAACAAAAUUUAAAGACUGGACCUUGACCAAUGAAAGUAGUGAGAAUAUAGUCACGUGGGAUUCAAGAGUUGCAUUUCAUUGGUAUCUUAGCGUCAUCGUUAAUCCAAUCAUAGGCUUGCUUGGAAUUGUGGGUAAUUCUAUUAACCUUUAUGUCUUGAAAAGAAACGGUUUGCAUAAGCCGUCGAACGUACUUCUCUACGGACUGGCCAUCGCAGACAUUUGUACAGUGGCCACAGCUGUUGAUGUAGUUGGUAUACUGUCACAGUUUCCCAUGAAGCCUGGCAUUUCUUGGGGAGUUUUGGAAUUCGAUUGUCAGCACACUCAGUUAGCCAGCUUUUAUUUAAAUUUCAUGAGAGUUAUGCACUUUUUUGGAAUAUUUGGCGCCAACGUAAGCCCCUGCAUAUGUGUACUUGUCACGCUAGAGCGCAUCGUUGCCGUCUUUCUGCCAUUGAAAUUCGCAUCAAUAGUUCGUCCGAAACGAGCUUGGGCUUUACUUCUUUCGGUGUCCAUUUUGUGGCUGGCUUUUACAAUCAUGAUCAUUUCUGAAUUUCGGCUGCACUAUGAAUAUCUGCCCGACUACAAUGUCUGCUUUUGCUACUACAGAAUCAUUCUGAGCGAAACUGAAGUCGAAGUGGAUGUGGUUGCGACGUGGCUAGCGUUUUACGUUUCUCUUGGGAUUAUCAUCUCAGGAUCUUCGCUCAUAUACGUAAAGCUGAAACUCAUUGGCAUAAAAAGGCAAAAAUUGACGUCAUCAAUAUCUGCGCAUUCCAGCCGAACGACCAUUACUCUAUUAACAGUCUGCCUCGUUUUCAGCGUGACACAGAUCAUCCGUUUUCCAUACGCCAUGUUUACAUUACCAUUCGAGAGCAGUACAUCAAAAGCAAUGUAUUCCAUGUUUUUAGAGACUACGUCUUAUCUAAGCAGUGCGGCAAACUUUAUCAUUUAUGUCAUAAUGAAUAAGAAGUUUAGAAUAAUUUUGAAAAGUUUGUGUUUGUCGAAUUAAAUUAGGUAAAGGAAAAGUGACAUAUAGAAAGCUCAACACAAAAAGUAUUAUAAUUAUACUAUCAUGGACCUAGCAUUUCAGAGUUUUGUUCUUUCAUAAGUCAAUAUAACUAAUAUUGUAUCAAUUUUAUUCUCAGCCUCCUUGGUUAACCCUAGUUUAUGAUUAUCCUGUUUUACAAACUAGAUUUACUUCAAGUCGUUCAAGUAUGUGUUUUUUUUUCUUUUUCAUUAUCAUCUGAGCACGUGGGAAGGUGAAGAAACGUAGGCCUAUAUACGGUGGAAUAUGAGACUCCAGUUGUGAAAAUCUCACAAAGGACAUAUAACAUUUAAAAAAAAGGUACAUAUAGA